GCAAAUUUCUGGAGUAAAAUAAUUGGUAGUUAGACAAAAAAGUGUGAAAGGGUUAGAUUUUGGGAGUUUAUUUCGAAUUUAGACUACCGUUUGAGUUAAGGGAUACUCUUGGGCGGAGUAAUAUUUCGGGGUUCAUUCACUGGGUGUUCAGGAACGUGACACAACACUACCUUGGUGUGUAUUCACAACUUCUCUGCUGCCGCGACCACGAGGCUUCACUUUGACUCCGUCCCGAGGAAGACUGAACGGCUACGACGGUACCGGACGAGUCCCGCGAGCUACAUUGAGGGAAUGUGGACGAGGUGACGUACUUUCCCGGACAUUUGUGUUGAGUUGGCCAAUAUGUUGCUGAAGGUGAGACGUGGAGGGACAAAAAAAUAUGUCAAACUGGAAGAAGUCCACUUCUAAGACUUCAUCAGAGCAGUGCAACAGAAGUUUCUCAUACCAGAAAACACAAUGCUGAAAGUCACCGAUGAGCAAGGCAUAGAGGUGGAUGAGGAUGUCUUUCCUGAAGUGGCAACAGUCCAAGACAUUUGUUUUGUCAUCUACACUGAUUAUGACCUCCCACUGGCAGAAUCAUCCAAAAACAUGGAUGACUGCUCCAACCUGACAGAAUCUGUUGACUGCUCCAACCUGACCGAAUGUGUGAUACUUACAACAUGUGAUCUUACCAACCUGCAGCAACAUGGUGAAGGUCCCUUUUCUCCAAGUUGUACAGAUACAUUGUCUGUCUCAACCUCAAGCGGCCUAAGCAGUGACACAAGUGAUGCUGGAUGUGAAAGGAUUCAACCUAUGAGGGAGAGUACCCGAGCAAGAAAUAUGGUGGAGCAGGUUCUAACUUCUAAGCCGGCAGGGUUGACUGUGAUCAAAGAGUACGACGAUACUGGGAGUCUGAAAGAUUCCACCAGGCGAUUAAUGGUGAACAUCAUUGUAGCUCACAUGUGUGAAAAGGAAGGGAGAGGUGUAAGUAAAGCGACGAAGGAGUUCCAUGCACUUGGGAUUGUGUCACUUUUCCCAUCUCUUAAGGACCCUUACUCAACAAAAGGAUAUGAACAUUUCUAUGACAUUCAGAGCAACAAAGGCUUUCUCGAGUGGCGUCUCAAGACUGUGCAACGCCAAUCCAAACCCACGUCAACGUCAACAUUCCAUGACAGAGUGGAGCUACAAGGAGGUCCAACAUCAUCCAGAAGUUUUGGUUCCAUAAACGACCUGCAAACAGGAGACGACUGUAUGGAAGCCAUGUCUCUUCUUCACCACACCACUGACCAUGACCUAGUCUUCCAGAAGAUGAGAGAAACUUUCCACUAUCGUCAACAGAUGAUCCAUGACCAACAGCAAUCUGCCAACAUACUUCAAAUGUUUCCUCGUUUCUUGGACACUAAGAUUCUGCAAGAUUUCUCAUUGAUGUUCGGAGCCGAAACUGCAUCCAGGUUCCUGGAAAGAUGGAACAGCGGUUUUAAAGACAAAGUCCUACGAGAGGCCAGGGACCUUAGAGAGACUCCUCUUCUGAAAAAUCAGCUGAAAUCUGCGCUGUGUAUUAAAGCACCUUAUCAUUGAAUACCACCAACUCUUUAAAGAACUGUACCCUUCAAACAACCUGAUUCCAAAACAUCAUUUCAUGGUCCAUUAUCCGAGGUGCAUUCGGAAAAUUGGACCACUUAUUCAUAUUUGGACUAUGAGAUUCGAAGCGAAACACACAUUUUUCAAAGAUUGUGUAAAGAACUUCAAGAAUUUGACAGUAUUACUUGCGAAAAAACACCAGUUUGCAUUAGCUUAUCAUUGGGAAUGCUUGACUUUAAAACCAGUUCAGUCUGGUCCAGUUAAAAUGUGUGUACUUGAAACACAAGACUAUACAGAAGAUAUACUGGUUUACUGAUUACUGGCUUCCGGUAACUGCUAGAAUCCACUUCAAGACACUGGUACUUGCUUACCAUGCUGCGAAUGGAUCUGGCCCUUCCUACAUCCAGGACAUGGUUAAACCGUACAC